GUCGGGGACUGUAUAAAACGGGCCGAGAGCGCGGAGACUGAACCGCAACUGGGAGCCGCUUCUCAAAAUCAGCACCUUGGACAGAUAGACGGAACUGAGCUGAUAUGACCAACACCGUUUACAUCAGUGUCCUCGUGGUUAUCCUGGCAACAGGCUCCUUGUCAAAACCAUUGUCUGACCCUCACAAUAAUGGAGGAAUUAUCCUGGAGCGUACUGGCAAGUACUUGUCAGGCAACGGGGCAGUUUCACUGGACCGCAGAGCUGCAGCUUUAAAAGCAGAUGAUCUGAUAUCCAAACUGCUACCCCAGAUCCAGGAAGCUGGAUUAUUGAACCAGGCUGACCGAUAUCAGCUCCGAGAUGUGCUGCACCAAAUGCAUGACCGAGAUUACGCAGGCUGGAUGGACUUUGGGAAACGCAGCAUCGAGGAGUAUGAGAUGGAUUCCUAAAACACAUAUCAUCGGGGUCAUCACUCAGUGAAAAAUAUUCAUGUGUAAUGCUAGGAAACCAUUUACCCAGUGUAUCAACAAACCAAGCUCAGAAUAUCAGCCACUGUUUCAGAUAUAAACCCAUUCUCAAGAUAUUGCAGAAAAAACAUUUUUUGACCCAUUUAAGAAUCAUUGGAAAAUUUAUUGCUGUUGAUUUUACUGGAAGAAUUUGAUAUUUUUGGUUGUUUUAAUAAAUGGUUUAAGUGUUGUGUACCAAA